UUGGCCCAGCUCGCAGGAUUUUUUUAACCUUAACCAUAAAAUGGCCGGAAUGUGGGAAGGAGAGGAGGGAAGCGAACGGUCGCUCGCCAAGGCCGGAGAAACGGAGAGCUCGGCGAUUACAAUACUCUAGCGAUUGAGUCGCAGAGGGCUUCGUAUACGAUUGAUUGUUCUUACUUGACCCCGGACCUUCGCACUAAAGGCAUCCAUCUCUCCUCUCAGCUGAUAUUCGAUUAUAUUUGCUUGUUUGAUGGGCUGCGUUUCGACAAAGCAUGCCAAACACACACCUGGAUAUGAAGAUCCCAAAGUCCUUGCUUCUGAGACAGCUUUUACCGUGAGUGAAGUAGAAGCAUUGUAUGAGCUAUUUAAAAAGUUGAGUUUUUUGAUAAUCAAAGAUGGCCUAAUACACAAGGAAGAAUUCCAGCUUGCACUGUUCAGGAACAGCAAGAAGCAAAAUCUCUUUGCAGACAGGGUAUUUGACUUGUUUGAUGUCAAACGCAACGGGGUUAUUGAAUUUGGAGAAUUUGUUAGAUCACUUAGCAUUUUUCACCCUGAUGCUCCACAAGAAGAUAAAAUUGCAUUUGCAUAUAGAUUGUAUGACUUGAGGCAGACAGGAUACAUUGAACGUUAUGAGUUGAAGGAGAUGGUGGUGGCUCUUUUGAAUGAAUCAGAUUUGUGUCUUUCAGAUGAAGUUGUUGAACAAAUUGUUGAUAAGACAUUUGAUGAGGCAGAUUCAAAAGGUGAUGGAAGAAUAGACCUUGAUGAAUGGAAGGACUUUGUUAAGAAAAAUCCGUCCUUGUUGCGGAACAUGACUCUUCCAUACUUAAAGGACAUAACCAUGGCAUUUCCCAGCUUUGUGAUGAAAUCUGAAGUCAAUGACGAAGACAUGUCAAUCUAAUAAAGAUGUGCACUGCCAUCAUAUUUGUUCACUCCAAAAUUGAUGAUGUCCCCUUGCUCUAUCCACACCUUGAAAGUGAUGCUUGUGCACUGGGGUGGGACGAUCGAUGCUGCUUCUCCAAAAGAUGAUGACGAUAACCAAUCUCAACCCUCAUGCUGCAGUGAUAUGCAAGACGUUUCCAGCGGCCAUAUGGUUUAUCGCAGAUCAAACAUGACAAUUCAGUUACUUGAGCUGCAAAUAAAUACUUGUAGAUUAUAUGCUAGUACCUACAGUAUCAUAAGAAUUAUCAAUGUCUAUUUCAACUUCAUGCACUGUGUACUUUUCAAUUGUGUAGUCCGUGAAAUAUGAGUUUGGUCUUGCAUAAUUCGAACUCACUCAAAAGAA